GGCCCCCUCCAUCACAUGAGACACUGAUAUCCACCCAGCAUGUACUUUGCCACCACCUAGAAGGGAGAGGACGUCUUCUGCGUGGUGGGUGGGGGGGGAUCGGGGGACGCCGACUUUGUCCGGGACUCGUUUCAGCUCGGUUUUACGCAUGAAGGAGCGAGGAGCCGUGGCGCGACGUCAAUCUCCACGCCGCGCGCUGCAAUGUGGAGCAGCACGCGUGAUGGCAAGGCAAACAGGACGCACACAAACGGCUGCGCGGCGGCCGGACUGCUCCGUUGAUGCGUUUGCUCGGGACGUGCGUGCGUAAAAAGGACUCCUCCGCUUCCCGGGGAUUCCCUGAUUGGUUGAUUUGGUGGCUUGAGCAUCCAGGAAGGCAGAAACUCAUCCUCCAAAACAUGAGGAAGACCAAGGAAGUACGACGCAAGCCCUGACUGGAUCAUGUAACCGUCGAUCGGCUUCACGUGGACUCCACACCAGAGAUAGCCGCCUGACAACAAGCCGAGCCGUGUAUCUGUCGUCAUCAUCUUACCGCACGCAGCGCGGCGCCUCGCCUUAUUGAAACGGAGGAGCCCAUUAAAGUGGUUGAUAGAUACCAAGGUUCGGCGUUGAGGUGCUGUUGCCGGAUGGCUGCAGCUUGGAGAUGAGAUAAGAGGAGUGGAAAGCAGAGGAACAAAAGUGGCCAUCUGACAGCGGCUGAAUACAAAUGAGUAUCCAUCACUCCGACUGCGAUGUAAGCAGGCCUGAAUCGAUAAUAUAAAAUUGAAAUGGACAAAUAAGUCGGCUUCGGUUACAGGAACAUUAGCUCGGGACACGAAAUGAUGGAAUUAGACGUUAGCUUCGGGUUGAUAUGAAAAACAAGGCACGGGGGGAUUCAACCCUGCACUCUUGGGCGCGUGUGCAAUGAGGCUCUUGUAAAAGCUGUCGAGAAUCACGAGCAAGAUGGAGGUGUACAACAGCUCCCUGGACUACUUGACCGGCAACGUCUCGGCGAUUCCCGACCCGACCGCCGCGUCUCCCUACUGGAGUGACGCCUCCGUUUUGGGCUUCCAGAUCUCCCUGUCCAUGCUCCUGGGCGUGGUGACCUUCGCCACGGUGCUGUCCAACGCCUUCGUCAUCGCCACCAUCUUCCUGACCAGGAAGCUGCACACGCCCGCCAACUUCCUGAUCGGCUCGCUGGCUGUCACCGACCUCCUGGUGUCCAUCCUGGUGAUGCCCAUCAGCAUCGUGUACACGGUGAGCAAGACCUGGUCGCUGGGGCAGAUCGUGUGCGACAUCUGGCUGUCGUCCGACAUCACCUUCUGCACGGCGUCCAUCCUCCACUUGUGCGUCAUCGCCCUGGAUCGCUACUGGGCGAUCACGGAUGCGCUGGAAUACUCCAAACGCCGCACCAUGCGCCGAGCCGGGAUCAUGGUCGGAGUGGUGUGGGUGAUCUCCAUAUCGAUUUCCAUGCCUCCGCUCUUCUGGCGGCAAGCCAAAGCCCACGAGGAGCUGAAGGAAUGCUUGGUGAAUACAGAUCAGAUCUCGUACACGCUCUACUCCACUUUCGGGGCCUUCUACGUUCCCACGGUGCUUCUCGUCAUCCUCUACGGACGGAUUUACGUGGCGGCGCGCUCCCGCAUCUUUAAAAUGCCGACGUCGUCCGGGAAGCGCUUCACCACGGCGCAGCUCAUCCAGACCUCGGCGGGCUCGUCCCUGUGUUCUCUCAAUUCGUCGUCCAACCAAGAAGGGCACGUCCACUCAGGAACGGGAAGCUCGCCUCUCUUUGUGAACAGCGUGAAGGUGAAACUGGCCGACAGCGUGCUGGAAAGGAAGCGACUGUGCGCGGCUCGCGAGAGGAAAGCCACCAAGACGCUGGGCAUUAUCCUGGGCGCUUUCAUCGUGUGCUGGCUUCCGUUCUUCGUGGGCACCUUGGUUACGGCCAUUUGCAAAGAGUGUUGGUUUCACCCGGUGCUCGUUGACGUCUUCACCUGGUUGGGAUACCUCAACUCGCUCAUCAACCCGGUGAUCUACACCAUGUUCAAUGACGAGUUCAAGCAGGCCUUCCAGAAACUCAUCAAGUUCAGACGCUUCUCCUGAAGACCAAACAAGCUCCCGGAAAAUAGUCGAAUCAAAUAGAAUGAGUCCAAUGUAGAUUUUCCAUCUUGUGAACAUAUGAACAUAUGGUCGAUGUUUUUAUUUUUUACACCCAAUUGCUCAGUGCCAUACAUACCAUGCCUGCCUGACAAAAAGACUUGCAUGCGGAAAAGUCAGAACAUUAGCCUUCAUCUGGGAAACGGGAGGAAGAACGAUGGAUGAUUCAUUUAGCAGGGAUGCGCGCUCACUGGCCACAACGUUAGGUGCACCUGAUCUCAUGCAGCGCUUUUCAA